AUGCCUCUCCUUACGCGUGUGUUCAAGUCUCUUUUGAGGAGCACGUUUUCCAACAGGCUGCGAUCGUUAUCGCCCUCAGUGAUCGUUCUGCAUGCGCGUACCUAUUCGCUGGCUCCCAUUCUUGACUCCACACCUGCAUCCAAAUAUUUCCCUGCAUUGAAUGUUUUAGUUCCGACAGACACACCUUCUCCUCUUGCGUCUACUGAUGAAGAGUCUCCAUUGUCAUUCAUGGAGGAGCCUCUUGGGCUCCCUGCUUCUGAGGGGUUUGGUUACUAUCAGGGUGGUCCCGGUGACCGCCUCGGACCAGGCGGCCGCUUCAAGCUGGAGAGCAAGCUCGGGCUCGGCGCCACUUCUAGUGUCUGGAUGGCACGAGAUCUAAGUAAGGACCAACAUGUGGCUGUCAAGAUCUUGACAGGCUAUGCCACACGGAUGAACCUCACCCACGAAUUGCGCGAGUUUCACGUGCAUCGUCGCCUUUGGGUACCUCCGGGUGCACCGGAGUCGUACUGUCAACGGAUGAUCGCAGGUUUCAUCACACCUGGCAUUGAUCCCGAGGAUGGCGAGCACCUCUGCUUGGCAAUGGAUCUGUUGGGUUCAAGCGUGGAGGAGCUGCGGAUGAUGGUUCCCUAUGGCGUUUUAUCUCUCCCCGUUGUCAAGCACAUAUUGCGCGAUGUGCUUCGUGGAAUGGCACAUAUGCAUGCACGAGGCAUUGUCCAUACCGAUUUGAAGCCUGAUAACAUCAUGACCGGCUUGCAAUACUCCACUGCGACUCUCGACGAGUGGCUCAAGGACACCCCACCACGGACGUAUCCACCUGAGAAGAGCCUGCGUCAUAUGGUGACGGCCUAUGAGUCUCAGCCGCUCCCGCCGCCCCUCGCCAGCACAUUGACGUCGCAUACGUUCAAGAUUGCGGACUUUGGCUCACAAAUACUUUCGAACUGUACCAAGACGAACGAUAUCACCCCGCUCGGCAUGCGUCCACCGGAGAUCAUCCUAGGCAAGAAGUGGGAUGAGAAGAUCGACGUGUGGACGUUCGGUUGCUUGGUGUUCGAGCUGCUCACUGGCCAGCCGCUCUUCAUGCCAAUGGGCCCACCGGAUGAGCCCAUCGAACACUCGAUGCUUUACCAGAUGCUUUGUUUCUGCGGCGAGAGCUUCGACGAAGACUACCUGAAACAAUGCUCUCAAGCAUCGCAGUACUUCACUAAGGAUGGUAAGUGGCUUGAAUUAUUGAAGGAACUCCAGACGCUCGACCCUAUUACCUUCCAGGAACGCAUUCGCGAGACAUGUCUGCCGAUCCCGCCUGCCGAUAUCGAGGGCGCAUCGGCGCUCAUGAAGCGGUGCCUGCGGCUGGACCCGGCUAAUCGUGCGUCUGCGCAGGAGCUGCUGCAGGACCCGUGGCUAGCGCAUUAA